CAUAUUCUGAUGCAACCGGAGCUGCAACUCUUGCGAUCGCACUAAAGACAAGACUAUGCUCAACGCUGCAGUUUGCGAUAAGACAUGAUUGUCAUUUCCCGUGUUGAUUUAUUUAUCAUCGUCCACGGGAUGCUGCAUUUUCCAUAUCAAUAUCUUUGUUAACGUCUACGGGACGUUGCACUGCCUGGAUCCCAUGUCUUCAAUAAAUAACCCAUAGCUAAGCGAAUUGUCGCCAUCAACCAGUAUGAGUGCUUUGCAAGGGUCUCAAGCUGACAUGCUCUUGUGGUCAAAGUACUAUUAUGUUGCAUUAACAUCGCUUUGGGUCGCUUUUAUUAUCGAUUCCAGGCGCGGGCUCAGCACGGUGCUUUAUCUCGUCUGCAGCUAUCUUCCAUCUGUCUUCAUGUUACUGAAUAUGUUUGUGACUUUUCUGCCACGUGGUUCAUACACUCUUUGUCGCUCGAUGUAUAUAAUAAAUAUAUGUGUGGGAUUUCUGUCGAUGUUUUCCGCCGAGUGCAUCUUCAUACUCAGAACACUUGCAGUAUGGGAGCGGGAGAGAAGGUUCAUGGUGUUCAAAAUCAUCAACAUCAUCGUGAGACCAAUACCGGGAGGCUGCAGCCGAGUUAAUAUGUCUGACUCAUUUCCGCAGGCCUAUUUAAUACCAAUCCUUGUUUGCUUUUUAGAAUUUAUCCCGUCAGUGGGAGAAUGUUCGAUCCCCGGGGGUGUCGGAUAUGUGGAUACGAAGGCAAAGUCUUCAGUAAUUGCCGUGUACUGCUUGCUAGCUGCUGGCGAGUUAGAAAUAUUAGUGUUUGUGCUAUAUCGCGCCUUCGAGAGUCACAGUGGCUGGAAGAUCGAAAAUCGUCUUAUGCGUGGUCUCAUGCACCAUAAUCUAUUGUACUUUAGCUGCAGCUUUGCUUUCUCUCUUGGUAUCAUCCUUGCUACAGUCUUCCUUCCAUUUCCAGUGGUACACAUAAUUGGAGAGACUCAGGUCGUUGCUCUAUCUCUCUUGGUCACGCGAAUGCACAGGGACUUCUGGAGAUCGGAUCGUGUUUAUUGUAGCAACGAUGGAGUGGAUCUCUCUCUCUCAACAUUCAUGGCAGCAACUCUAGAUGUCAUACCUUGCCCUGACGUGCGGAUUGGCGGACACUCGGGCAUCAUGUUACGAGUUUGAAUAUGUACUUACUCACUAUGGACUACUUCGGUGUUUUGGAAGCACCCAAUACAUGAUCACGUUGUUUAGUUAUGCACUUCGUGCGUUCAACGUUGAAGUUUUCUUCGAUACUCACAGACGCAUCACAAAUAAGCACACCUGUCGUGUCUAGCAGUGCCUACACACAAACUUGUGAAAAGUCAUAUCGUUCAUC